CUUCCCUGAUCCUCCUGCCUAUUGAACUGUUCUUCUGAACACUUGGAGAGAUGAAAACUAAACUGGAACAGGCCUUCGAAUGCGUGGUCAAUGUCUACCAUCAGUAUUGCAUUUUGAACCCUUCCGAUGACUAUCUACAGCUGAAGGAAUUCCAGAAGCUGAUGAAGGAACAAGCACAGCCCUUCCUGAAGGACACCGCACCACCAAACAUGAGCCAAGACGCUUAUAUCAAACAAAUCUUUCAAAAAGCCGACAAAGACAAGAACAACUACCUCAAGUUCACCGAAUUCCUGUACGUGUUUGUUGGUACUCUUGAAGACGCCCACAACAGAGCCCAUGACCUUGGUGAGGACCCCAGCAAAUCUGGAGGCGGCCACAGCCACAGCCACUGA